AUGUCUCACUAUGCUAAAUUUAUGAAACAUUUAUUCUCUAGAAAGCAUAAGUUGCAGGAAUUUGAGAUAGUGGCUCUUACAGAGGAGUGUAGCGCUAUUAUUCAAAAGAAAUUCCCACUAAAGCUCAGAGAUCCAGGAAGCUUCAACAUUCCAAUUACGAUAGGCAACAUUAAUGUUGGUCGGACAUUAUGCGAUCUUGGAGCAAGCAUCAACCUCAUGCCAUUGUCAGUAAUGAAGUCUUUGGGGAUUUCAGAAUUAAAGCCUAUUAUAGUCUCAUUGCAACUUGCUGAUAGAUCUUUGAGAAGACCAAAUAGAGUCAUUGAAGACAUCCUCGUCGAGGUUGACUAA